AUGGAGGAGCAAGCCAAAAUAAAUCGUCAAAUGAUGGAAGAAAUCAAGGACAUGAAAAGUCAAUUUUCAAAACUGACUGGAUCCUUGGUUAAUUCUGAAAGAGGCAAACUUCCUUCUCAGCCUCAAUUCAAUACACAAGGGCAACAUAUGGCUCAAACCUCCAACUCUAACGAUCAAAACAUUAAGGAGGCUAAUGCCAUCACAACUAGAAGUGGUAAAGCUUUGGAAGAUCCACCAAUACCAAAUACUACUUCAAAAUUUCCAAAUGUUGUCUCUGAAAGUGUGCCAUCCAAUGCUUCUGCAAAAGUUCCAUUUCCCCAGGCUCUAAGACCUGCUGGGAAAAUUCCUGAAAAUCGAGGAGAAAUCCUUGAGCACUUGACACAACAUCAUGUCAAGAAGACUGCUUUCUUGACUGAGCAAGUUAGUGCGGUAAUUGAACAAAAGACACUGCCAAAAUACAAAGAUCCUGGUUGUCCCACCAUUUCCUGUCAAAUUGGGACUCAUGAAUUCAGCCAAGCCUUGCUAGACUUAGGAGCGAGUGUCAAUCUCAUGCCUUAUUCUGUCUACUCGCAACUUGGUCUUGGUGAAAUCAAGACUACUUCUGUAGUCUUACAGCUGGCUGAUCGUUCUAUUAAGAAGCCUCGGGGUAUUGUUGAGGAUGUUCUUGUUCAAGUUGACAAAUUCUAUUACCCCGUUGACUUUCUCAUUCUAGAUACUCAAUCUGUGGUUAACAUGGAGUCAAAAAUCCCUAUCAUACUUGGAAGACCUUUCCUUGCUACAGCUAAUGCCCUUAUCAACUGUAGGAAUGGUCUCAUGAAAAUAUCUUUUGGGAAUAUGACUCUCGAGGUCAAUAUUUUUCAUGUUGCAAAGCAACCACAUGAUGAUGAUGAGUGUUAUCAGACAUUUCUGAUUGACACGCUCAUUCCUAAGGAGAUUCAAUUGCAAAGCAAUUCUGAUGAUCUUGAUGAACUCCUCUCUUACUCUGAAAGUUCUGGUUUUGAUGAGUCGAUUAAUGAAAUUUCUUGUUACAAAGACUCACAAAACGGAAGAACAAAGUUUUGGCAACCUCGCUUUGAAGAGCUACCUAGUGAUAGGGAAAAGCCAAAACCUUCUGCUGAAGAGGUUCCUAUUGUUAAGUUAGCCCAACUACCUGAGGGUUUAAAACAUGUCUUCUUGGGAGAUGGUGAUACCUUUCCUGUUAUCAUUUCGUCCAAACUCGAUCCUUCACAAGAAAUUAAGCUAAUUAAGCUACUGCAAAAGCUUAAAUCUGCAUUAGGUUGGACGAUCGCUGAUAUUAAAGGCAUUAGCCCUUUAAUUUGCUCCCAUAGAAUCAAUCUGGAGGAUGGGGCAAUCCCUCGAAGAGAUCCUCAAAGAAGACUGAACCCCACAAUGAAAGAAGUUGUGAAAAAUGAAGUGCUGAAACUUCUGGAUGCUGACAUCAUUUAUCCAGUGGUUGAUAGCAAAUGGGUUAGUCCAACUCAGGUAGUUCCUAAAAAGUCGGGUGUAACUGUUGUUGAAAAUGAGAAAGGGGCCCUUGUCCCCACAAGAACUGUGACGGGUUGGCGCAUUCUUUGGAAACUCUUUUGA